UUGAGUCGGAGCUAGAAACCAUGAGCAGAGACUUCUGAAGACGUCAGGACAUUUGUAUGUGUGUGUGUGUGUGUGGUGCACGGCGCUCUCUUUUUCAAAAGGGCUCGAGUUUGUUUUUGGAUGCGGAUCGAGCAUUUCGUUAUGACUCGGCGAGGAGGCUUUGAGAGCGCGUGGAUCGGCUGCUGCCGGGCGUUGCUGCUCACGUGUUUUUUCUCCAUCGCCUCGGCAGCCAAGCCCAAAAUGCCAGGCCACACGUACCUCAAUUCAGUACGCCUCGACGGGGACAUAUCCCUGGGCGGGCUGUUCCCCGUGCACGCCAGGGGAAACGACGGCAAGGCCUGCGGGGAGCUGAAGAAGGAGAAAGGCAUCCAUCGGCUGGAGGCCAUGUUAUUCGCCCUGGAUCGUAUCAAUAAUGACAAUGAGCUGCUGCCCAACAUCACUCUGGGGGCGCGCAUCCUGGACACCUGCUCCCGGGACACCCACGCCCUGGAGCAGUCGCUGACAUUCGUUCAGGCGUUGAUUGAGAAAGACUCGACCGAUGUCAAGUGCCUCAGCGGAGGGCCGCCCAUCAUCACUAAGCCCGAGAGAGUGGUGGGAGUGAUUGGUGCGUCUGCCAGCUCCGUGUCAAUCAUGGUCGCCAACAUCUUGCGUCUCUUCAAGAUCCCUCAGGUGAGCUACGCCUCCACAGCUCCGGAACUGAGCGAUAACACCCGCUACGACUUCUUCUCCCGGGUGGUGCCCCCGGACACCUACCAGGUCCAAGCCAUGGUGGACAUUGUCAAAGCCAUGCGCUGGAACUACGUCUCCACGGUGGCCUCUGAGGGAAACUACGGAGAGAGUGGCGUUGAUGCGUUUAUUCAGAAGUCCAGAGAGGACGGUGGUCCGUGCAUUUCCCAGUCUGUGAAAAUACCACGUGAGCCAAGAACGGGAGAGUUUGACAAGAUCGUUCGCCGGCUGAGUGAGAACCCCAACGCCAGAGUGGUCAUCAUCUUCGCCAACGAGGACGACAUCAGGAGGCUCCUCCAAGCAGCCAAGAAGGCCAAUCAAACCGGCCAUUUCAUCUGGGUCGGUUCAGACAGCUGGGGCUCCAAAAUCACCCCGAUACUGAACCAGGAGGAGAUGGCCGAAGGCGCCGUCACCAUUCUACCCAAACGACAAUCCAUAAAAGGUUUUGAUCGCUACUUCAUCAGCCGCACGCUGGAGAACAACAGAAGGAAUAUUUGGUUUGCGGAAUUCUGGGAGAAUAACUUCCAAUGCAAGCUCAGUCGGCACGCUGUGAAGAAAGGAUCGGGCAUCAAAAAAUGCACAAACCACGAGCGGAUCGGGAAAGACUCGUCCUACGAACAGGAGGGGAAGGUCCAGUUUGUGAUCGACGCGGUGUACGCCAUGGCCCACGCCCUGCACAACAUGCACAAAGACCUCUGCCCUGGAAAGGUUGGCCUCUGCCCCCAGAUGGAAACCAUUAACGGCACACUGCUGCUCAAGUACAUCCGCCACGUCAACUUCACAGGAAUCGCCGGCACCCCGGUGACCUUCAACGUGAAUGGAGAUGCUCCUGGUCGUUACGAAAUCUACCAAUACCAGAUGGCAAACAACGCCACGGAAUACAAGAUCAUUGGCCACUGGACAGAUCAGCUCCACUUAAACACCAAUGAAAUGCAGUGGCCCGGUGCAACACAAGAGGUCCCCUCCUCCAUAUGCAGCCAACCCUGCCGCCCCGGGCAGCGCAAGAAGACGGUGAAGGGAAUUCCGUGUUGCUGGCACUGCGAGAACUGUGACGGUUACCAGUAUCAGGCCGACACUUUCACCUGCAAGAUGUGCCGCUUCGACUUGCGGCCGAAUGCCAACAACACUGGCUGCGACCCCAUGCCCAUCGUCAAGCUGGAGUGGAGCUCUCCGUGGGCAGUGAUCCCGGUCCUCAUCGCGGUCCUGGGCAUCAUGGCCACUCUGUUCGUCGUCCUCACCUUCAUACGCUACAACGACACACCCAUCGUGAAGGCGUCGGGUCGAGAGCUGAGCUACGUGCUGCUGACGGGUAUCUUUCUGUGCUACGCCACGACAUUCCUCAUGAUCUCCGCUCCCGGCGUGUUUAUCUGCUCCCUGCGGAGGAUUUUCCUGGGCCUGGGUAUGAGUAUAAGCUACGCGGCGCUGCUCACCAAGACAAAUCGGAUCUACAGGAUUUUCGAGCAAGGCAAGAUGGCGGUCAGCGCCCCUCGCUUCAUCUCCCCGGCCUCCCAGUUAGUCCUCACAUUCAGCCUGAUAUCAGUGCAGCUCCUCGGAGUGUGCAUCUGGUUUGGCGUUGACCCAUCGCAAGCCAUCAUCGACUAUGAGGAUCAGCGCACAUCCAAUCCCAAAAAGGCCCACGGCGUUCUGAAGUGCGACAUAUCAGAUCUCUCCCUCAUCUGCCUGCUGGGUUAUAGCAUGCUGCUCAUGGUCACCUGCACAGUUUACGCCAUCAAGACCAGGGGGGUUCCCGAGACGUUCAACGAGGCCAAGCCCAUCGGCUUCACCAUGUACACCACCUGCAUCGUAUGGCUCGCUUUCAUACCCAUCUUCUUCGGGACCUCGCAAUCAGCAGAAAAGUUGUAUAUCCAGACCACAACCCUGACCAUCUCCGUCAGCCUCAGCGCAUCAGUCUCUCUGGGAAUGCUCUACAUGCCCAAGGUCUACGUCAUUCUCCUCCAUCCAGAGCAGAACGUACCAAAGCGAAAGCGCAGCCUGAAGGCGGUGGUUACCGCGGCCACUAUGUCCAACAAGUUCAACCCCAAAGGCGGCCUGAGGCCCAAUGGAGAGGCCAAGUCUGAACUCUGUGAAAGUCUUGAAACACAAGCGUUGGCUUCCAAGCAGACAUACAUAAGCUACAGUAACCAUGCCAUCUAAGCCAGGGACCAACAGAGGAAACGGAGCCACGGCCUGCUGGAGGAGAAACCACCUGAUUCUGGGGAAUACUGGAGGACUACCAAGCUGCAACAGCAGAGAAGGACUGGGGUGGAAAGAUGGGAAUUUGUCACUCCAUAAAUAGUAACGAUGUCAUAUUUUUCUAGAGAAUCCAGCAAAGACGUGAAUCGCAAGUUUAUGAUAAAUUAGUCGUUUUGCAGGGGGGAGAUGGAUCGUGUAAGGGAGAUUGGACAGGUAAUUUUCCUCUUCCCACCCUUUCUGAGACACGGGGAGCGUUGAGCGGUGACGCUUCCAGAUGCAGGCUGAGUGAACCACCUGGAGUCCACAGUAUGUUGUCCUUCUGAAGUGUAAAGCACACAAUUUCAGUUCAGAUCUGAGGAUCUUUUGUCUCAUUUCUAUAGAAAAACACACACACCAAACAGGGAGGGUGGGGGGAGGUUCUGUUUUUGCUCAAUGGAGUCCACAAGAUGAAACGGUAUACAAAUGAAGUCAUUGUUUUUGGUUACUGAUAUUAUCGGGGGUUGAAAGAUGGAAUACUCUUCAAACUGUACAUGCCUUACUACAGCACAUCCAGUAUUCCUACAUGAACUCACCACAUCUGAAACACCUGGAAAAUAAAGCAGUGGGUCAUCCCAGGAUUUUAUUUUUUAAAUGUUUCAUAAAAAUAAUGAUGAUGAUGCCAUCAUGCUGGCAAACCUAGUGUACAGUCCCAGAGCAUGCGUGUGGGAGCAUCACGUGUACUGUGCUGUGUUGUCAACGUCUUUGGAAUGCAACAUUCGUCAUGGUUGUCAUUCACAGUGGAGAUGUCAUUUUGGACCAUUUACCCACUGGGUCACCCGCUGCUGAAUAAAGAGUCUUUUUUUUUAAUGCAAAAAGGAGAUAAUCUAAAAGCAAAUUGCCAUGGAAUACCUUCAUAGUUUACACCACGCUCCAUUAAUGUCCGCCAAGACGUGUCGAUGCAUACUUUAAACAUCCUUGAUAUACUGCCCUUGAUUUAUCACGCGCCGAUUGAAGCCUUCGCUAAUUCAAGCAGUUGAGUGAUUGUGAGAAUUUAUAUUACGCCAUACAUUAAACAUUUUUAAAGGUACAAUUAGACGCAAUAAUAGCACAUUUGAAUUUGGUAUAACCCCCAAUUAAUUACACCGAGUGUUAUUUCCAUAUUAUCGCGGGUUUCAAGAUAUACAAUAUAAAAAUAAGUGUUUUUAUAGCAGUGGGGCUGGAAUAACCGUAAAUUCUUUCACUUAACACUUGAUUUAUGAGAGAAUACAACGAUACAUCAGUGUGCCGUCGUAUCAGAUAUAUAUUAGAGUUGACGGUAUGAUGGAUUACAUAGGUAUUACAUGGGGUCCACUUAUGAUUAGUGAGAGAUGCACAGGUAAUCUGUGUUCCCUGCACAGGAUUUGACUCGCUUUCUGGGUCAUGAAUGUUAAGGCAACAGUGGAAAUGGCUAAUGAGAAGAAUAAGUCUUGAUUUUUUCACUUAUAUUCGACAACCUCUCAUUUUUAGAUGCAGGGGGGGUGGGGUACAGCUGCUUGAUAAAUAAAGGCCAGUGCCUUCAUUCUGUGCCUCAUUUCUCAUUUCCAUUAGAAUUCUCCGGCCAUUAAUUCCAUGGAUCUCUCAUGGUGUCGUCUCCGUUGCAUUUGUUACCUUUUCAAGUGUAUUCUGUUCAAACAGGAGCCGGCGCGGACCCGAUGUACAAUUCAUAAUUAAGUGUGUAAACUCCAUUUCUGUCCCAAUUCUCUAAAGUAUUUGUCAUAAAAAGUGACUCUGGAUUUUCUCUCAUUAAAUGUUAUCCUCAGCGAUGCAAAAAUAUGUAUGUUGCAUGUCAGAACUCAUAACAAGUCAUGUGAACAAUUUGAGAGAAAUGGUGUGUAAUGUCCAGAAGGAAAACUACUGCAGAGGAUUAUAAAUAACUAAUACUUUGGUUUUAAGCAAUGAUUCUCUCAACUUCAACAAAAGUCUAAAGGUGUUGCCGCAAAUGUUGUUUUCUCAUCGGUUGAUAAAGUAUUGUUUGUGGGAUUGUUUGUGUUUGUGAAUAUGAUAAUUUACUGCUUUUUGCCACAACCCCCCUACCUCCUCUUUAUUUUUCUAAAACUCUUUGUCUGUGUUACAAAAAUAGAAUAUGUAAGUGCUGACUGAAAUUAAGUGUCAAGUUAAUGUACGUUAUUAAAAUGGAUUGAUCAUGUCUGCUUUAUGUACUGAAUUAUCCACAAACAAAAAAAAGAUAAAAAAGAAAUACAGUGCCUGGAUAUUUAUGAAUUAUCUAUAGAAAAAAAAAAUGUGUAGAGCAUGUUCAUUUUUAUACAAGAUAUUUCUAAUAAAAGACUGUUUUGCUAA